GGGGGUUGGACUCUGUGAUUCUGUCUCAGAAGCUGAUGAUGCCUUUAUGUGUUGCUUCAUGAGGCCCUCCAGUCUGCAUUAAAGGUUGCUGCUGCAUAUCACAUGUGUGCUUGACUUAAGUUAUGGGUUGUCUUCUGGCGACAGCAUCAGUCCAUUGGGGCUUAGAGUUAGCCUUCAAGGUAGCCGGUCUCAUUUAGGUCACAUGAUUUCAUAGAAAGCAAAUGAUGCUUUUUGGUGAUUGGGUAGGAAUUUGUUGUAUAGAGAUUUCUGGUGUUCAGACAUUACAGAAACAAUCUCCUGUUCCAAACUCCGAAUGUGUCUGCAGUCUUACGCUAUAAUUUGCGAAGUGAAAGUAUACCACCUCUAUUAAUUAUGGAAUUUACUUCUACAAAGUGUCUUUAAGAUUAGUGUGCUGAUAGCUUGAUUGAAAAUAUCAGAAAAGUCCUUCAAGAAAGUCACUUUCUAAUACGCUUUAGUAUCACAGUAUGCAACUAAUAUGUUGCUCCCUUCCCCUCCAAAGAAAGCAGGAAUUGUUUCUUACAAAUUUCAAAUUAUUUAAGGUUUUAGAGUCGGGGUGUCAAGAUGAAAGUAGGCUUGGACUAUUUGAUUCAGCUAUUCUGUGGUUUAUAGAUUCUUUUUAUUCUGGUCAUGUAUUCAGGGUACGCGUUUUUACUGUUGAGUAUAAAUUGCUCCUAACAUUCUGAACUGAAAAGUAGUUCUUUCUAGCUUUAGAUUGUUACAAAUUCAAAUUGCUUGUAAGUGAAGGCAAGGUAAAUGUGUUCCUCAGGAUCUAGUUCUCUGAUUGAAUAAGUAUCGAGUAUUGCACUGAACAGUUAAUUAUUAUGAUGUUAAUAUUCCUAGAUCUAUUUCUGACACAAAGUUAACAUCAAAAAUCUUGUGGAAUAUGUUCUUCUGUCAGUAUAUUGAAAAGUCAUAAAAAGUAGUACCUUGCUAAUUGAGAGCUACUGUUUUGUGCAGACAGAAUUUGACUUCUUUCCCACCCUGUUCUUCACACUUUGGGCCUCUUCUGGCUGGAUCUUAGUUGCUGCUUUAUCACUAUAAAAAUAACUUACAUAUUAUUGGGCACUUUGUCAUACAUAAUUUAAUAUUUUAUGUAACACUUCCAUUGUGCAGAUGCUAUGCUGAGACCAUUAUUAGAGACAUAGGUAUCAUUUUCUUAAGCAGCAGUGCAGCAUAUUUGGAGAAAAUUUGAUUGAUGGGAGGCUUUGAAAUUUAUUUUGAAACCUAAGGAGAAAUUCCAUCCGGUGAAAAAUAAUGCAUGGCAGAUACACACUUAAGAGGGAUGAUGGACACCAGCAGGAAUAUUGGGGGGGGGGGCAUUGCCAUGCUUUUAUAAGAUGAACAGCAUGCAUUCAUAUCCAAGGAUUUAAUUUGGUGAUACCACAUUUUUAUAGCGACAUGGGUGGCACUGUGAUCUAAACCACAGAGCCUAGGGCUUGCUGAUCAGAAGGUUGCUGGUUCGAAUCCCUGCAACGGGGUGAGCUCCCGUUGCUCGGUCCCUGCUCCUGCUAACCUAGCAGUUCGAAAGCAUGUCAAAGUACAAGUAGAUAAAUAGGUACUGCUCUGGUGGGAAGGUAAAUGGCGUUUCCGUGCGCUGCUCUGGUUCACCAGAAGUGGCUUAGUUAUGCUGGCUACGUGACCCAGAAGCUGUACACCAGCUCCCUCGGCCAGUAAAGCAAGAUGAGCACCGCAACCCCAGAGUCGUCCACGACUGGACCUAGCGGUCAGGGGUCCCUUUACCUUUUUCUAAUCAGUAUUUGUCUGAAUACUGUACCCUCUGUAAACUUGUGGAAACAACAAUGAAGAACUUGGACAGGUUGCAGAGAGAAGAGGGACAUUUGGAAGCUUAGAAAACUGCUUUGCAAUGUGAGGUUCCUGCGGCAAAAUAUUCCUAGGGCAACCGUUCAACUGUACCCUAUAAAGCAAGGGUGGGCUGAAGGUAGAUCAAGAUCUACUGGUAGAUCUUCGACUGAUUGUCAGGGUUUUGUACUUUCAGUUGUUUAACAGUACCAGCAAAAAUUAGUUUCUUUGCUAAAUUAAGACUGCUGAAAUAAAUAAAAGUAACCGGGAAUGUAUUUUUGCAGGAAAGGGUUAAAAUAUCAGUGUUGUUUUGGACUGAAAACCAAUUCCUAGGUUUCGAAUGUGCUCAGAAGCAUCCCCCUAUUUUAAAAAAACAACAACCCUAUGUCUCUCUUGCACCUAGCUCUCUUGAGUAGAUCUUGUGGCGCUAACAGAGAACAAAGUAGACCCAACAAACCUCAAGUCUGUCCACUCCUGCUCUAAAGUAUUUGAAGACAUGGUAUAUUUGAGGAUGGACUCUUCUGUAUUCAUUUUCUAGUGGCCCACCAGUCAUUUAUCAGCAACGAAACAGCUUCCUCAGUGGAAGGGGAUUUGGAAGCAAAGAAAUAAUAUGAGAGUGCAAGUAUUACUUCUCCUUGCCUCUAUCUGUCAUCAGGCAAGUUGACUACCUGCCCCAAAUAAAAGUACAACUUGUGCAUAUAUACAGGUAGAGGGGGUGACAGCACACAGAGAUGAAGGGCACUGGACUCUUUCAACUGUGCUUGAAGAGUUAACACCUGAAAGAGUAACCAGAUUUCUAAAUGUCCCAAGUGACGGAAGUUUGAUACUGACAUUUAUUGGAGCCUAAACUGAGGAUUUUUCAGAAAUACUAAGAAAUUUGGUGAGCGACCUCAACCUAAACGGCUCACCAGGGAAGCAAUGAGAAACUAUUUAAAGGAGCGUGGUGAUCAAACAGUCCUAAUCCUUCAUGCAAAGGUUGCACAGAAAUCGUAUGGAAAUGAAAAGAGGUUCUUUUGCCCACCUCCCUGUGUCUAUCUUAUGGGUAGUGGGUGGAAGAAAAAAAAAGAACAGAUGGAACGGGAUGGCUGCUCUGAACAAGAGUCUCAACCAUGCGCCUUUAUUGGGAUAGGUAAUAGUGACCAAGAAAUGCAGCAGUUAAAUCUGGAAGGAAAGAACUAUUGCACAGCUAAAACCUUGUACAUAUCUGACUCCGACAAGCGAAAGCACUUCAUGUUAUCGGUCAAAAUGUUCUAUGGCAAUAGCGAUGAUAUUGGUGUGUUCCUUAGUAAACGAAUCAAAGUGAUUUCCAAACCAUCUAAAAAGAAACAGUCACUGAAGAAUGCGGAUUUGUGCAUUGCAUCGGGGACAAAAGUGGCACUAUUCAAUAGACUUCGGUCGCAAACAGUUAGCACGAGAUACUUGCACGUGGAGGGAGGAAACUUCCAUGCCAGCUCGCAACAGUGGGGAGCAUUUUACAUUCACCUCUUGGAUGAUGAUGAAUCGGAAGGUGAAGAAUUCACAGUUCGAGAUGGCUACAUUCAUUAUGGGCAGACGGUUAAACUUGUUUGUUCCGUCACUGGCAUGGCACUCCCAAGACUGAUAAUUCGCAAAGUGGACAAACAGACGGCAUUGCUAGAUGCAGACGAUCCAGUGUCACAGCUCCAUAAGUGUGCGUUCUACCUUAAAGAUACCGAACGAAUGUACUUGUGCCUUUCCCAGGAGCGAAUCAUCCAAUUUCAAGCCACUCCAUGUCCAAAAGAACCAAAUAAAGAGAUGAUUAAUGAUGGAGCUUCAUGGACAAUCAUUAGCACAGAUAAAGCAGAGUACACCUUUUAUGAGGGAAUGGGACCUGUCCACGCUCCAGUAACACCUGUGCCUGUUGUAGAAAGUCUCCAGUUGAAUGGAGGAGGGGAUGUAGCAAUGUUGGAACUUACUGGACAGAACUUCACUCCAAAUUUACGCGUCUGGUUUGGAGAUGUGGAAGCGGAAACAAUGUACAGGUGUGCAGAGAGCAUGCUGUGUGUCGUUCCUGACAUUUCCGCAUUCCGGGAAGGCUGGAGGUGGGUCCGCCAGCCGGUCCAAGUCCCAGUCACAUUGGUGCGCAAUGAUGGCAUAAUCUACUCUACCAGCCUUACAUUUACCUACACGCCAGAGCCAGGACCCCGACCCCACUGUAGUGCCGCUGGAGCAAUCCUCAGAGCCAACUCCAGUCUCCUGGCAUCCAACGAAACAAACACAAACAGCGAGGGAAGCUACACAAACGUCAGCACAAAUCCAACCAACGUCACAUCAUCCACGGCAACAGUAGUUUCCUAACCACUGCUCUUUUAUGUGGAACUUCUAAAAAAAAAAAAAAACUUAAGUGCUUCGAACAAUGAAACUGAACAACUUUUGUGGUUUCCCGGUGGGGUGGAAAAACCUCUUCACUGCUCUUUGAACUUCUUUCACCUACAAGUGCUGAUCUCAGUAGAAGCCACAACUAAAAAAUCGCGGGGAGGAAAGGCCCAUUUCUAUUCAUACUCAAAAUCUAUUUUUAGUUGUCUCUUUUAAAAAUGGGCUCGAAACUAAAAAAAAUAAAAUAAAAGUGGCUGGGAUACAAGUUGAACUCGAAAACAUGGACAUAACAUAGUUUUUAUGGACCAAGGAAACGCUUUAGUAUAAAAGGUACAUUUUCACCAUACCUUUUUGUAUCACAACAUAUAGUAUGCUUUUGUUACCAAAUAGUUUAUAUAUUAUUUUUUUUCCUCUGAGCGUUUGCUCUGAAGUAUACUCAGGUUCCAAGCCUGACCAUUCUUGUAUAAUCACCAUACUCUUCCAGUUUUUAAAAAUAUAUAUAUAUUUUUGGUCUGUGGCUGGAACUUGCAUUUUUUUAAACUGAAGUCUUGUGACUUUUUAUGAACUGAUUUUUUUUUUAUUUUCACCAAGUAGAACCUUGUAAAGGCCAGCAUAUUUUUUUUAAGAUGAUAUGAAGUUUGUGCAAAAGCUUUAAAAAAAUGCCUCUGCCUUGCCUGCAAUACAUGCAAUGUAUGUUAACUUUAGAGCUCCUCUUUCCGCCAUUGUGGACAGCUCUUUCUAUGUGUUCCUUUGUUAUGUAUUUAUAGUGUUGAUUCAUGAGGUUUUUUACAUUACAAAUGUGGCCUCGUGCAGUUUUUCUUAACUGCUCAUGCUACUGGCAUCUGUUGGUCUUUCGGAGGGUUCUUCCUUUCACGGUCAAUACAUGCAUUCAGGUUGGCUUUUU